CUUGCCGCCGCCCUCCGAGAAGUAAAAGCAAGUGUGUGUUCUCACACUUUCAGUGCUUAUUUGUGUUUUAAACAUCCAAAACAUGAACGAGAACUUUGAACAGAUUGGAAAGGCAUUUAUUGAUCAGUUUUACAAGCUAUUUGAUGGCAACCGUGAAGGAUUAAGACCUUUUUACAGAGAUGAUUCUUUGCUCACGUUUGAGGGCGCACAAAUGCAAGGAGUGAAUGCUAUACUUGAGAAAUUGAAGUCGCUUCCCUUUCAAACUGUACAACAUGUUGUAACGACUGGUGAUUGCCACCCCACAAUUGACUAUGGUGUGCUUGUACAUGUUGUCGGACAACUAAAGACUGAUAAUGACCCACCACAUAGUUUCAGCCAAACAUUUUGUCUGAGACGGGAUCCAGUGAAUCCCAACAACUAUUAUGUUUUAAAUGACGUGUUUCGACUAUCGCUGCAUCAUGGUUAAGGAAAGUUUGUACGGUCCACAUCAAGCAAAGACUUUGGAGCUAAGUAGCUGAAUGCCAAGACGAGACGAAAGUAAAUCUUACAAGUACUGCUGAAAGAUUGCCACAAACAAUACAUCUCGUAAUCAAAAUUACUUUAAAUAACUUUGCUAUAAUAAAAUCAUCAGAGAAUAUUGUUAUUAGAAGACUUGUAGUAGCUAUUCCUUUUUUUUGUCAAUGAUGUAGUUUAAGGUGGGCAAUAGUUUUGUUAUUAUUUUCAAUUUUUGAUGUGUAAAUGAUUUAAGUUUUCUUUCCUUAAAAAGUUGCAAAUUCUAAA